AAUUCAUUCUUUGAAAAAGUUUGUUGUUCAACAGUUUGUCUCUUUUUAUAUGAAUAAUUUAUGAAGAAAAAUGCCAAGUACUAAAUUGUACUAGUGCGCCACUUUUCAGUGGAGAUUGUGUGUGAUAAAUAUUCUCAUGUGGAAAACAAGUAUUUUUCAAAGAUACAGGAAUCGAAUCGCAAGUUGGAAGUAUUUCUUUUCUACAACUUCAAGGGAAAGUAGCAACAAUAAUAGUAAGGAUAUCCAAGCAGGACAUACCAUGAAGAACCCCCCUGGAGAACGACCUCUACCAAAGCAAUGGUUACAAGUUGCAGCAAAAGAAUUGAAAUGUUCAGAAGAAGAAGUUAUGAAGAAGUUGGUUUUGACAUAUCCAGAAGGUAUUCACGUUAAACCAAUUUAUACUGCAGAGGAUAUCGAUUGGGAUGCGGUGAAGAGUCAGUUACCCGGUUUUUAUCCUUUUACUAGAGGCAUUCACGCCUCCAUGUAUACAAACAAACCUUGGACUAUUCGACAAUAUGCGGGUUUUAGUACUGCUGAAGAAAGUAAUCGAUUCUACAAACAGGCUCUUGCAGCUGGACAAAAAGGUCUGAGUGUUGCUUUUGAUUUGGCCACUCAUCGAGGUUAUGAUUCGGAUCAUCCACGCGUCAAAGGAGAUGUAGGAAUGGCUGGAGUAGCCAUUGACAGUGUAGAAGAUAUGAAACUCUUAUUCGAUAGCAUUCCGUUGGACCAAGUAACCGUAUCCAUGACCAUGAAUGGAGCAGUAUUACCCGUUUUAGCUUUCUAUAUUGUUGCGGCUGAAGAACAGGGAGUAGCUAAAGAAAAACUCUCAGGAACCAUUCAGAACGAUAUUUUGAAAGAGUUUAUGGUCCGAAACACUUUUAUAUUUCCUCCACAGCCGUCAAUGCGUACUAUUGGAGAUAUAAUGCAAUAUUGCGCACAAAACAUGCCAAAAUACAACACGAUUUCUGUUUCUGGUUAUCAUAUGCAAGAAGCAGGUGCAAAUGCUGCAUUAGAAUUAGGAUUUACUAUUGCAGAUGGAAUAGAAUAUUUGAGAACUGGGAUCCAAGCAGGCCUUUCAGUAGACCAAGUAGCUCCAAGAGUAUCUUUUUUCUUUGGUAUUGGUAUGAACUUUUAUGUAGAAAUAGCCAAAUUGAGAGCUGCUCGGAAAUUGUGGGCGAAUCUAGUGAAGGAGAAGUUUCAACCCAAGAAUCCCAAGUCUCUACUUCUUAGAACACAUUGUCAGACUAGUGGUUAUUCACUCACUGAACAGGAACCAUACAAUAACGUGAUUCGAACCACUAUUGAAGCACUUUCUGCAGUUUUAGGUGGUACACAAAGUCUCCAUACCAAUUCUUUGGAUGAAGCCAUUGCAUUACCUUCGGCUUUUUCUGCACGCUUGGCUAGAAAUACUCAAUUGAUUUUACAGUUGGAAACAGGUAUACCGAAUGUUGCAGAUCCCUGGGGAGGUUCUUUUAUGAUGGAAGCAUUGACAGAUGAACUCGCUUCUAGAGCAGAAUAUAUUAUACAAGAGGUGGAAAAAUCAGGUGGAAUGGCUAAGGCAGUUGCUCAAGGUUGGCCAAAGUUGUGGAUAGAAGAGAGUGCUGCUCGUAAACAAGCUCGUAUUGAUUCGGGUGAAGAAGUCAUUGUUGGAGUUAACAAAUAUCGGUUGGAGAGCUCAUCUUCUGAUACAGAUUUCUCGAAUCAACAGUCUGAAGAGUUGGAAAUUUUAAAAAUUGAUGCUCAGCGAGUACGAGACUCUCAAAUAGAGAGAAUAAAAAAGGUUAAGAGCAGUAGAGAUGAAGAGAAAGUAAAACAGUGUCUUGCUGAUUUGGAAAUGGCUGCGAAGGAUACUAGUAAGAAUCUAUUGGAAGCUUCAGUAAAUGCAGCUAGAGCCAGAUGUACUUUGGGAGAGAUUUGUGGCUCUUUGGAAAAAGUGUGGGGCAGACAUGUUCCUAAGGAUGAUGUUGUUAGUGGCGCCUAUCGAGGUUCUUAUCGCGGAAUGAAGAAAGAUGCCGGAUCGAAACAGGAAGGAUAUGAUUUAGAACAAGUCAUUGAGCAUGUUGUUCAGUUUGAAGAGCGAAUGGGUCGUCGACCACGUAUUUUAGUAGCUAAGAUGGGACAGGAUGGACAUGAUCGAGGCGCCAAAGUUAUAGCUUCAGGAUUUGCUGAUUUGGGUUUUGAUGUUGAUAUUGGUCCUUUGUUUUCGACGCCUCAAGAAGUUGCCAAACAAGCCAUUGAAGCAGAUGUUCAUUGUAUUGGUGUUUCUAGUUUGGCAGCUGCUCAUUUGACUUUGGUUCCUGAACUUAUGGAAGAACUACAAAAGCAGUCUGCAACCCAUAUCAAAGUCAUAGUUGGUGGAGUCAUUCCAUAUACAGAUUAUGACUUUCUAAAGAAGAUUGGUAUCAAAGUCAUUUGUGGACCAGGAACUCGUAUUCCAGAUGCCGCUAUGCAAGUACUGAAAGCUAUCGAAGACGAACCUAUCAAUGGAACGAAUAAUGGAGUAGAACAAACAUCUUAAUGUUCUUGGUCAUGAUUAAAACAGUGUUUAGUUUUCCAA